CUGUUGCUUGAUGUUUUGGACUCUGGAGCAGAGAAAUGAGAGUGAAGUUCAGCAGCAACUGAGACGACAGACAGACAUGGACAAACAGAAAGUGCUGGCCAAGCUGAUCUGGGAUCUGCAGUCCUUCCUGUCUGUUCUGGACUCUGAACAGAACCUGAGUUACAUCGCUCAGUCUCAGAAGAAAUCCAUCUCAGAGCUGCUGUCCAAACUGCAAACAAACGACACUCCUGUGGAAGAUGCUGAGUACAUGAUAAUGAGCUGUCCAUCAUCGUCUCCUAGCAACGAGCUGGCAGACAAACCUGGGACAGAAGGUGUCCAAUCUGAGCUGGUCUUAAAUCACGACUCACCUGUGUGGCUGACAAAAGGGGGCCCUGAGGUGCCACCCCUACCUCUAGGAGGUCUUGGAGGGGAUGAGGAUGAUGAAGAUACCUACGAGGAGGCGGAACCUUACCUACCUGACACAACCAUGUCUAACACUGAGAAGGCGGAGUCAGACAGCAGUCACUACGAGUCGUACGGGGAGGAAGAUGAUGAUGAUGAUGAUGAUGAUGAUGAGAAGCCUGUGAAGGACAGAGCUCACUACAUCCAAUGGAGCGCCUCCCAGCCCUGCCUAAGACCCAUCCCCGAGUCCCGCCUCUGUGGUUACCUGUGGAAGAGGAAGUGGCUCGGACAGUGGACCAAACAGCUGUUCAUCAUCAGGAGCGACGUGAUGCUGUGUUAUAAGUGUGCACAGGACCUGCUGCCUCAGCUGGAGUUGAACCUGCGCGGCUGUCAGCUCGUCUACAAGUCAAAGAGCAAUAGGAAGAUCCAGCACCAGCUCAAACUGGUGUUACUGGGCUCAGAGACACUGGUGCUGGGCUACAGCAGCUUCCAGCAGGCCGACGAAUGGAGGAGGGUGAUAGAGGAGGUGAGUGCUGGGGGUGAAGUGGAGACUCAGAGCUCGUUGUCUCUGAUCAGAUCAGACCGGCCGCUGUCCUGCAGGUCCAGUACAGUCCAGACUGACUCUGAGGAAGAGAAACCUUCAGCUGGCUGCAGCCUCAACAAAGAAAAAGGUUUCCUGAGCGUGCUGAUGAACUGUCAGUGGCAGAGUUUACUGUGUCAGGUGGAGGCAGGUCUACUCAACAUGUUUGGAGAGGAGGAGAAGGAGGAGGAGGUAGAGAGGUCGCCUCAGUACACCGUCCAGCUCAGAGGGUGCGAAGUCAGAGGCGGGCCUGACACCGACCACUCCUACAGGAUCACACUGAGCAUGCUCGGUGACCAGGUGGCUGUGCUGGAGGUGAGUAGUUCAGAUGAAAAGGAGCGAUGGCUAAAGCUGCUGCAGGACGGAGCUGCCAAUCACAGUCGCCAAGACAACAACACACAGAUCAACACAGGUGGAGCUCUCAGUGGGCUGCAGACUCGAAAGUUUCCCACCUCCAACACCUACAUGGACGACCCCUUCCACCUUAGUGGAGCAGGCCAAGACCAGCCCAUCUACUCUAACACCUCCAUACUGGAGCUCAUGCUCCACAGCUCUCAGGAUUCAGUUCACUGCAGCUCGGUGUCGUCCAGAGACUCAGUGGCCUACAGCAACACCGUCUUCACUGGCCACAACAGGAAGUCGGUGGAAGUGGAACGAGGCGUUCAGAAGCUGGAGUUAACGGGGAAGAGGACGGUGCAGCUGAGGGCGGGGUCAGAGAUCAACCUGGCGUCUGUCGGAAAGCAAAACAAACGCACCUCUUUUAGACAGUCGCUGGCCAUCUGUGGUGAGCGUGCUCAGGUGGGUUUCCUGAACCCUCUGUUGCGACGGACAGCCUCAGCUAAAAACUCUCUCAGACGAGCUCCUUCAGCGCUGUUCAUUGAACAUGGGAAGGUUUUCCAGAGGAGGAAGGAAUGGGAAACCAAAGCUGCUGCUUGAUACCAACCGUCUGUCAUCAUCAUCAUCAUCAUCAUCAUCAUCAUCAUCAUCAUCAUUAUCAUCAUCAUCUACAAACAGUCCUCUCAAUUGGAGAACUUUCUGACAUGCUUUACAAUGAGUGAAGUUACUCAUUACGGUCAGAGGUGGAGAAAGUAUAUUUUACUUCCAUAAAAGUAGUAAUACCACAGUAUAGAAAU